UUUUGAAGUAAUCAUGGAGCACAUUACAAGAAAGCCAUCGCCUCUAAAAGGCAAGCAGUCACUGAAUAGCCUGGGGACUUCAAGUUCGAAACUUUCAAAAAUAUAUGCGAAUGAGUUGACUUCAAAGUACCAGAUGGGGCAAUCGAAGGUCCCUUCUUUGUACACACCGAAGAGAGGGCAGCACUCUCAAAUCAAGAACUCGCUACAGUUCCUGACCAAAGCACAUGGAAGUGCUGAGAAGGACCAAAAUAUGCUAAUGAUUAAUGGGUUUGGCAAAAACUCGAGAGGGUUGAAGGCCAAACAGUAUAAGUAAGAUGCCUUUGAUCAGGAACACUCAAAAGAUUUUGAAAAACUCUUCUCACCUCCAGCCGAAGGCGAUAGAAUUGUACAGCUUUGAACGAGUCCAGGCGAAAAAUAAUUUUAAGCCACCUAUUCUAAACCUAAAUGAGGAUCUUCCACAUUCUUCAGCUAGUAGGAAACUAGGCUCAAAUAACCAUUUCUUUGGGAAUUUUAAGAAGAACAAGAGAACCUCAAGUGUGGCUGACAGUCAGCACAAAAGGAGUUUUAAUAGCUCGAUAAACAUGUCUAAUCUGAAGAAGGAGAGUACUUAUAGGUACAUGAGUGUUACACCGAGUCAUAAGUUCCAUGAGACCAGCAAGGCUCAUGAUUUUCGGAUUUCUCAUGUAAAGGGUAAGGAUCCUUUAUCAAGUACCCAGAAGAGGUCCAAGCCAAAAUUGGCUGUGAAUAAUCUCACUGAGCCUCCAAAGUACAAGAACUCAACUAUUGAGGAGGUUAAGGACGAGUAUAAUGAAAGCAAGGUCAGUUUUAACAAGCCAGAUUCUAACCAAACUGAGCUCGAUAUCGACAUCGAAGCAAUGAUCAUUGUUGAGGACAAGAUCUGCUCUCUAUCAAACAACAUAGCUAAUGACUAUUACGAAGUUACAAGAGAAGUUUAUAAGAAGAUUAAUGAGCAGAUUGAGAUACUUGCUGAGGAGCUACAACACAUUAAGACGAUAAAGGCUUCACUGCUGCUUGAGUACAUUGUGGUGAUCAUUAUUUCAGCAUUUUCGCAUGACUCAAAACUGCACAAAACAACCCAGCUUCAGUUUAAAUAACCUAAAUUACUACGUGCACCAGAAUAUAUUGCUCUUGAUCGAUGUGAUCAUUGAGCGACUGCCUUCAAGGGAAGAGAAGGCUGAGUGGAUGAAGAACCUUAAAUCAAUCAUUGAUAGUAAGCUCUCUCAGAUGGCAGUCAAGACCACAGGUCUAAACAACAAGCAACAGUCUAAACUCGAAAUUAUCAGGCACAACUCCGAGUGCAUGGUGCCUAUUGUCAAGAACUUUUUGGCUAAGAGGCCUAAUAAUGGCCCUGUGAAGAAGGGAAAGAGAAAUUUUCACCAGACAAUCUUAUACGUUUUGAAAACGAUUGAUUCCCAUUCGUUCAUGAAAUGCAGAGAGAUGUUGCAUAAGUCAUACCUGAGCCACACAAAGAAGCCGAAAGGAAGCAAGAGGCAGAACCACCUACCGCCUCUGCAUAUGGUGGGAGGAACCUCUCUCCAGCCAAUGCAGUCAUUGCCAAAAGUAAAGGCUCCAUAUCUUCCUGAGAAUUCUACUGGGCAUGGCUAUACUUUAGUACUGGAUUUGGAUGAGACCCUUGUGCAUUAUUUUGAAACUAACGGGAAAGGUAAAUACAAUGUGCGGCCUUCAUGCCAAAAAUUUCUCAAAGAAAUGGCCGAGAUUUAUGAAGUGGUGGUCUUUACAGCUGCAAUGCAGGAUUAUGCGGACUGGGUCAUGAAUGAUAUUGACCCGAAUAAGUACAUCUCCCAUCGGCUUUAUAGGCAGCAUGCCUCGCCACAUGGACUUGUGUUCGUGAAAGAUCUGUCCAAAAUUGGGAGAGACCUCAGUAAAACCAUUAUUGUUGAUAAUGUGGCUGAAAACUUCCAGCUCCAGCCUGACAAUGGCAUCUUCAUUAAAAGCUGGUUCGAUGAUAAGAACGAUACUGCUCUUCAAGAGCUAGCCCCUUUGCUGAAAGAGAUUGUCGAGAAGGAAUGUGAUGAUGUCAGAGAUGCCCUUCGGCAGUUCCGAGACCAAAUGAUGGAGCAGAUAGCUCGAGGCGUGAAGAACCCCAAACUUUCCCUCAGCUAG